CCCCGAAACAAUGCUUUUUAAUACCUCUCAGUGGCAAUUAGAGUUUUUAGUGGGAGUGUUACGAUCAGUUCAAACUUGAUUUUUGAGUGGAACUCUCACCAUAAAUCGCAUUGAGAGGGAAAUUAUUUUUCAAUUUUUUUUUUAAGAAGGAAAGAAACCUUAAUCGGAAUCUAUAUAUUUUCGACAAGUCAGUCAAAUGUGAAUGAUCAACCAAAUACGAGUUUGACGAGAGUAACGAUACGGCCACUAUCACAGUCGAUAGUUAUAAUAUACAGAAAUUCAGACGUGUAUACUAGCACUACAACGUGUAUUGCGGAUUGUGCGAGAGGUUUUUAUUAAUUGAAUCAACAAGUGUGCUGGUUGAAAAAAAAAAAAUUUGUAUUUUACACACCAACAUUUUUGACGAUAUAAACAAGUGCUUUUGCAUAUCGAUUCGAAAGUGAAUUAAUUUCGAGUCGACAUUACCACCUUUUUAGAAUUAAAUUUAAAUUAAUUUUUUAACUAUAAAAAGAACGACCGAACCAACGUCAAACAUGGAACGGAAUUUUGUGAAUGUUAUAGCAUUAGGAUUUGGAUUUAUGUUUCUAUUUACCGCAUUCCAGACAAUGGGCAAUAUUGAAAAAACAAUAUUGGACAGUAUUGCCGCCGACGAUCCCACAUUCAAAGGCGAUGGUUACACAUCGCUAGCUGUUAUUUACGGUGUGCUUGCAAUUUGCAAUUGGCUAGCACCGUCAGCGUUAUCAAUAUGUGGUCCCCGAGGCGCUAUGUUCAUCGGUUCGAUAACAUAUUGCUUGUUUAUGGUGUCGUUCCUGUGGCCACAGACUUGGUUACUAUAUGCAGCCAGUGGAGUGUUGGGAGUUGGUGCUGCUUUGAUUUGGACUGGCCAAGGUACAUAUUUGUCGAACUGCAGUGAUAGCACAACCAUUUCCAGAAAUUCUGGAGUAUUUUGGGCUAUGCUUCAGGCAAGUAUGUUCCUGGGCAACCUGUUCGUUUACUUUCAAUUCCAAGGGAAAACUCACAUCGACUUGGAAACGCGUCAAUUAGUGUUCGGUGUACUGAUUGGUGUCGCUGUCAUCGGAAUUAUUUUCCUUGCCACACUCAGAAAAAGCAGCACAUCGGUGCACAGAUCAAUAGAGAAUAUUCGGAAAGAGGAAAUCCAUGACGGCGGUGAACAAGAUGGAAUUACCGACGCGUUCAAGAAGGCGAUAAAUCUAUUUUUUACGUCUCGUAUGCUGCUACUCAGCUUGACUUUCAUUUACACAGGACUAGAACUUUCAUUCUUCAGCGGAGUGUACAGUCCAAGCAUUGGAUUCACAUUAUCAUUGGGCGAAUCAUCGAAACAAUUGGUUGGACUGUCGGGCAUAUGCAUUGGAAUUGGUGAAGUGUCCGGAGGAGUUUUGUUCGGAUUGUUGGGAUCAAAGACAAACAAGUUCGGCCGUGAUGCAAUUGUCAUUGCCGGAUUCGUUGUUCAUAUAGUCAGUUUCAUUCUGAUUUUCCUCAAUCUACCGGAUUCGGCACCGUUCGGUGAUACAAAAGAAACCGCCUUCCUGAAUCCACCAAUAGCAUCACUGGCCCUACUGUGUUCGUUCCUACUAGGUUUCGGUGACGCAUGUUUCAAUACCCAAAUUUAUGCCAUGCUUGGCGGAGAGUUCGCUAAGAAUACAGCGGCAGCCUUCGCUCUAUUCAAGUUUACUCAGUCAGUGGCUGCUGCAGCCAGUUUCAUUUACUCAUCACACAUUGGCCUGAGCGUACAAAUGGGCAUUUUGAUAGUGACCGGGAUUAUUGGAACGGCAUGCUUUUGCAUUGUUGAAUGGUCUUGUCGCCGACAGAAGGCACGAGAUAGUGUUGGUGCUGCGGCGAAACUAAAUGCUGAAAUACAUUCGGAUUAAGUGUUGAUUUUGAGAUGGA